GUACGCUGUGGUCACCUACGGUUCCAAGUCCCAUCAGACCAAUGUUAUUCCGUCCAACAAUCCUGUCUGGAAUGCUACCUUUGACAUGGGUCCCUUCGACAAAGACCUGAUGCUAAAGGUGGAGGUCUGGGAUGAAGAUCCUAUGGGUUAUAAUGACAAGCUGAAGUACUGUACCUUCAACCUCGAGCAGGGGACACAUGAACGCUGGUGCAACAACAGUGGGGGGGGGCUUUUAUUUCCUGUACACCUUCACCUGCGACCCCCACUUGACCGGGGACCAGUGUGAAAAAUACAAACCUUCCAACGCCACAACAUACAAACUUUCCACCCCCACAGUCCACUCUACUCCACUCUACAGUAAGAGUAAGCAUCUCUUUUCUAUCCAGAGUUCAGCGCUCCUAUACCUAUGGUUGUUUUACAUCUCUGUAUAAUGUACCCCCCAGAACACAUGUUGGAGUAAAUUCAUUCCAGGCAGUGGGUCUGUUGCCUGUACAGCUCACCAGGAACCACGUUGGAAACAAGGGGAAUCAUUUCAAUAUGUGUGAUGGAAAAUGUUAUGUUUGUGCUUUUCUAAUAACCAAUUCGACUGGGUUCAUGCAAGUGACAGAUUUUUAAUACAUGUUGAUCCCUCCAAAGUUUAUCGUGUGAAGAGACAGCCUUGAAAAUGUUCAUCUUGUCUUUCGGGUCGUAAAUAAUCCCUGGUUCCUGCCUGUGCCUGGUAAAGAUAUGAGGGGGGGGGACAUGACCUCCUCCUUAGGACCAUCUGGCACCCAGAAUAUGUUCUAUAAGUUAAGAUAGGAGACGGUGCCAGACACAUGUAGGAACCAACCCUAUGAAAAAUGACCAUGUAACAUGUCUAUGUAAGGAGUAUAUAAGAGAUCUAACGGGAUCCCCGACGGAGCUCACUUCAGACCACUACUUUAUGCAUCUAAGUUUGGCUGUGACCUCACCAGCUUGCUGUUAAUAAAGAAUGAUUCAUUUAAGAUUGACUUCAGGUGUCCUUGGUGGUAAUUUCCACGACAGUUUGGCAUCACGAAAAAAAUGAUUGAUUUGAUCUGCAGAGCUUUCCAGUGGGGGUCUGCGAGGAAAACCGGUGGCGCAUUUUAUGAAGUGAAAUUCCCGUUUGACCAAAAGACGACGAGGCCCAGACCAGACCUUCACUGUGAGCUGCCCAUGAGGAGACACCACACGCCAACUGAUUUCAGUCAUUCAAUUUAAAUGAAUUUGUAUUAAAAAUAAAUGAUAAAACCAAUUAAACUAAACAUAAAAAUGGAGAAGACGUAUAUGUGGUCUGGGACCCCUGUAGUCUGGACAUAUCCCCCCCCCCCCCCCCCCACAUUCUUAAAUUGUUGCAUCCCUGAGUCUGGGACCACUAGGAGGGUCCCUGAGUCUGGGACUACUAGGAGGGUACCACUAGUCUUAGUCAAGUAAUAGCAUGAGGUGAUUGUGGAUGUGAGAGUUGGGUGAGUGUGGAAGAGGCCUAAUAAGAGGAUUGAAAUUAGGAUAUUAGUUGAUUGACAUUUCGAUAUUAAGAGGAAUUAAAUUAGGAUAUUAGUUGAUUGACAUUUGGAUAUUAAGAGGAAUUAAAUUAGGAUAUUAGUUGAUUGACAUUUGGAUAUUAAGAGGAAUUAAAUUAGGAUAUUAGUUGAUUGACAUUUGGAUAUUAAGAGGAAUUAAAUUAGGAUAUUAGUUGAUUGACAUUUGGAUAUUAAGAGGGAUUAAAUUUGGAUAUUAGUUGAUUGAAAUGUGGAUAUUAGUUGAUUGAAAUUUGGAUAAUAAGAGGUUUGAAAUGUGGAUAUUAGUUGAUUGAAAUUUGGAUAUUAAGAGGAAUGAAAUGUGGAUAUUAGUUGAUUGAAAUGUGGAUAUUAAGAGGAAUGAAAUGUGGAUAUUAGUUGAUUGAAAUUAGGAUAAUAAGAGAUAUUAUUAGUGAUAAGAGUGUUGAAAUGUAGAGAAUAAGAGAUAUUAUUACUAUGAACUACUGAGUGAAUGAGAGAAAGUGCAGGUGUUAUUCUAUUUGUGUGCGGCAAGACUGUAGAAUCUAUAGAGACUAUAGCAUCUAUGAGUACAUAGACUACUGAGACUAGAGACACCGAGAAACUAUAGAUACGCCAGACUAUAGAUGUUAUAGCAUACAGUACCAGUCAAAAGUUUGGACACACCUACUCAUUCAAGGGUUUUUCUUUAUUUUUACUAUUUUCUACAUUGUGUAAUAAUAGUGAAGACAUCAAAACUAUGAAAUAACACAUACGGAAUCAUGUACUUACCAAAAAAGUGUUAAACAAAUCAAAAUAUAUUUUAUAUUUGAGAUUCUUCAAAGUAGCCACCCUUUGCCUUGAUGACAGCUUUGCACACUCUUGGCAUUCUCUCAACCAGCUUCAUGAGGUAGUCACCUGGAAUGCAUUUCAAUUAACAGGUGUGCCUUGUUAAAAGUUCAUUUGUGGAAUCUCUUUCCUUCUUAAUUAGUUUGAGCCAAUCAGUUGUGUUGUGACAAGAUAGGGGUGGUAUACAGAAGAUAGCCCUAUUUGUUAAAAGACCAAGUCCAUAUUAUGGCAGGAACAGCUCAAAUAAGCAAAGAGAAACGACAGUCCAUCAUUACUUUAAGACAUGAAUGUCAGUCAACGUGGAACAUUUCAAGAACUUUGAACGUUUCUUCAAGUGUAGUCGCAAAAACCAUCAAGCGCUGUGAUGAAACUGGCUCUCAUGUGGACCGCCACAGGAAUGGAAGACCCAGAGUUACUUCUGCUGCAGAGGAUAAGUGACUUAGAGUUACCAGCCUCAGAAAUUGCAGCCCAAAUAAAUGCUUCACAGAGUUCAAGUCACAGACACAUCUCAACAUCAACUGUUCAGAGGAGACUGUGUGAAUCAGGCCUUCAUGGUCGAAUUGCUGCAAAGAAACCACUACUAAAGGACACCAAUAAGAAGAAGAGUCCAAAUUUGAGAUUUAUGGUUCCAACCGCCGUGUCUUUGUGAGACGCAGAGUAGGUGAAGCACGGAUGAGGAGGUGUGAUCGUGUUGGGGUGCUUUGCUGGUGACACUGUCUGUGAUUUAUUUAGAAUUCAAGGCACACUUACCCAGCAUGGCUACCACAGCAUUCUGCAGUGAUACAUCUCACCCAUAUGGUUUGUGCUUAGUGGGACUACCUUUUGUUUUUCAACAGGACAAUACCCCCAAACACACCUCCAGGCUGUGUAAGGGCUAUUUGACCAAGGAGAGUGAUGGAGUGCUGCAUGAGAUGACCUGGCUUCCACAAUGACCUGACCUCAACCCAAUUGAGAUGGUUUGGGAUGAGUUGGACCGCAGAGUGAAGGGAAAGCAGCCAACAAGUGCUCAGCAUAUGUGGGAACUCCUUCAAGACUGUUGGAAAAGCAUUCCUCAUGAAGCUGGUUGAGAGAAUGCCAAGAGUGUGCAAAGCUGUCAUCAAGGCAAAGGGUGGCUACUUUGUAGAAUCUCAAAUAUAAAAUAUAUUGUGAUUUGUUUAAAUAAAAUUUGGUUACUACAUAAUUCCAUAUGUGUUAUUUCAUAGUUUUGAUGUCUUCCCUAUUAUUCUACAAUGUAGAAAAUAGUAAAAAUAAAGAAAACCCCUUGAAUGAGUAGGUGUGUCCAAACUUUUGACUGGUACUGUAGAUACUGUAGAGCAGGGGUGUCAAACUCAUUUUAGCUCAGGGGCCACAUGGAGGAAAAUCUAUUCCCAAGUGGGCCGGACCGGAAAAAUCAUGGUAUAACAUAAAGCUGGAGCCUGAGGACAGUGUGUCCAAAAUAGUACAAGCACAACAUCACUAUUAAUCAUAAAACACGUCAAGUUUAUUUGAAAAUUCUAAAGAAAAAGAACACACAAACACACAAUGCCUCAGUGAUUAACAGAACUGUUUCACAGAUCACAGAACUAUAUCUGGGUGUCAUUUCUCAGGCAGAAAUGUAGAUAAAAAUAAUGAAAUCCUGUUCCCCAAACAAGUGCAAGAACCACAGAGUCAAGAAUAGGUUAAAUAUACAAAUAAAAUCAAUUAAAAACAAUAGCACAUCAACAUAAAAACAUAUAAACAUAAAGCUGGAGCCUGAGGACAGUGUCCAAAAGCACAACAUCACUAUUAAUCAUAAAACACCUCAAGUUAUUUGAAAGUUCUGAGGACAAAGAACACACAAACACACAAUGCCUCAGUGAUUCACAGAAGUAUAUCACAGAUCACAGAACUAUAUCAGGGUGUCAUUUCUCAGGCAGAAAUGUAGAUAAAAAUAAUGAAAUCCUGUUCCCCAAACAAGUGCAAGAACCACAGAGUCAAGAAUAGGUUAAAUAUACAAAUAAAAUAAAAUCAAUUAAAAACAAUAGCACAUCAACAUAAAAACAUAUAAACAUAAAUCUGAAAGCGUUGCUCAAACUCCCGUAACAGUCCCGUUAUUGUAUCUUUGAACCGCUUCAUGUCUGCCACAUGUUGGGUCGCGCACACAUUUUUCAGACAGGGGAAGUGAGCUGCAUCACCACCGGCAAGUUGCGUCUCCCACAAUGACAGCUUCAACUUGAAAGAACGUAUGCUGUCAUAAUACUGCGUGACAACUUUGUUGCGCCCUUGCAGCUGUUUGUUCAAGUUAUUCAGGUGCUCUGUAACAUCCACCAUAAAUGCAAGGUCCUGCAUCCAUUCUGCGGAAUGAAAUUCUAACACUGGUUUGCCCUUUUCUUCCAUGAACUGUUCAAUUUCUUCUCGUAAAUCAAAGAAACGCCUCAGCACAGCACCUCGGCUUAACCAUCUUACCUCAGUGUGGUAUGGCAGACCAUAGAUGUGGUCUUUCUCUCUGAGAAGGCUGUCAAACUGACGAUGAUUCAGGCUUCUGGAUCGGAUGAAAUUAACAGUUUGGAUGACCACCUUCAUGACGUUAUCCAUCUUUAAUGACUUGCAACACAAAGCCUCCUGGUGCAAAAUACAGUGAAAAGUCAAAAAAUCACGUCCUCCAUUUGCAGAUUGCACUUUCUCUCUGAACUUUGUCACAACGCCUGCUUUUUUCCCGAUCAUUGAGGGCGCACCAUCUGUAGCCAGGCUGACAGCGCGGGACCAGUCCACUCCGACCCUGUCCAGCGCGCCGACGAGUGCGGUAAAAAUAUCAGCUGCUGUCGUUGUAUCUGUCAUCGGCACCAACUCCACGAACUCCUCGGUGACGGUCAAUGUGUCAUCAACUCCGCGGAUGAAAAUGGCCAGUUGUGCAACAUCUGUAAUGUCCGUGCUUUCAUCAAUUGCAACCGAAAACGCAAUAAAUGACUUUACUUUUUGUUUCAACUGGCUGUCCAAAUCCACUGAAAGAUCGGAAAUCCUGUCUGCAACUGUGUUUCUUGUCAGGCUGAUAUUUGCAAAAGCCUGCCGCUUUUCAGGGCACACAAUCUCCGCUGCCUUUAUCAUGCAUGUUUUUACAAAUUCACCCUCACUAAAUGGUUUUGAAGCCACUGCGAUUUCAUUAGCAAUGAGGUAGCUAGCUUUCACUGCAGCGUCACUGAUGUCUCGGCUGUGAGUAAACACAGACUGCUAUUUCUUCAGACCCGCCAACAGUUCAUUCACCUUCUCUCAUCUCUGCUGUCCUUGAAAGUUGUCAUAUUUGUCGGCAUGAAGACUCACAUAGUGGCGACGAAGGUUAUAUUCUUUCAGCACUGCAACAUGCUCUGAACACACCAAACAUACAGCUUUCCCAUUCAAUUCCGUUAAUAAAUAGGAUGACCAUUUUUCUUGGAACACUCUGCGUCCACUUUUCUCUUUUUUGACAGAGACAUAUUGGGGCAAUGAGGGUGCCAAAGCACAUAAUGUUAAAAGUAGAAGCCGUAAUAAAUAUCGCGGGCAAAACAAAGUAGCUCAUUGGCUAAACGUGCUUGACCUACUUGCUCUGCCCUGGUAUAAACAGUUUGCUUGCUUAACACAAUUGCUAUUGCGCCAUCCAGUGGACGCAAUUGGAACAGCAGAUUAUUUUAUUGAAAAAUUGCAGCGCAUUUUUAUACUUUACAAAAUUAUUAUAUAUAUAUAUAUAUAUAUAUAUAUAUAUAUAUAUAUAUAUAUAUAUAUAUAUAUAUAUUUUGUCAUCUCGCGGGCCGGAUUAAACCCAUUUGCAGGCCUGAUCCGGCCCGCGGGCCGGACGUUUGACACCCCUGGUCUAGACAUUCAGUUACAUAGCCUUGGUUCAGUUGCAUAGCAUUGGUUUAGUUACAUAGCAUUGGUUAAAAUUCAGAACAUCACCUCCUCAGGUGGAAGACUGCUUGUCCACAGGUCUAGGUGUGGGCCUGGGGAGAACAAAAGUUUCCUCUAGCGAUGAAAGGUGCUCCAAAGUUCUGGACAACCGUGACUCGAAGACCUCCUACAGCUCUGGCUUCCUCAGCCACCACACCAAGGUGGUGGGAGGCUCCGGUAGGCCGGGGGAGCUGUCACUCAACCGUAACGACUCAGUGGGGUUCCAUAGUUGGAUGAGCACCCUGAAGGACUACCCUGACGCCAUCUCCUAUUCUCUGAGACCUCUGUACCUGCUCAUACCCGACAAGAGGGUCCGGGAGAGGGUGAAGGUGGCCUUUUGUUGUUGAUAUACAUUAUGUACAUCAAGGCUAUUCUAUUCUAUUCUAUUCUAUUCUAUUCUGUUCUAUUCUGUUCUGUUCUGUUCUAUUCUGUUCUAUUCUAUUCUAUUCUGUUCUAUUCUGUUCUAUUCUGUUCUAUUCUAUUCUAUUCUAUUAUGUUCUAUUCUGUUCUAUUCUGUUCUAUUCUGUUCUAUUCUAUUCUAUUCUGUUCUAUUCUGUUUUAUUCUGUUCUAUUCUAUUCUAUUCUGUUCUAUUCUGUUCUAUUCUGUUCUAUUCUAUUCUAUUCUGUUCUAUUCUGUUAUAUUCUGUUCUCUUCUGUUCUUUUCUAGAGAUUGGUGUCAAAGGCUGCAUAAAUAAAACCUAAAAUGGGGAUCUUAGGUUAUAUUUUAUAUGUCAAUUAAUAUGUUAACAUUUUGUUCAAAAUACAAAGGAGACUGUCCUGGAGUACCUGAAGGAGAACGCCCUCCCAGAGAGCACCAGAGAACCGUCCUGUGGGAGCCUUGACUCUAAACUGGACUCAAACUGCUGCCUCAGAGGCCUCGAAGGGAACACUGGCGGUGACGGUGAACAAAGCCUGGGGACUGGCAGGAGACUGGUUUUCUGGAGUCACUCAUUCGUAGGUUAUGUUACUGCUCCUCAGCCAGCGCAUUUGUCAACUAACUAAUCACCAAGCCCUUGAGUGGCUGAACCAGGUGUGAGACUGUUGGGUUGGAGUAAAGGUCUAUGUUCCAAAUGGCACACUAUUCCCUGUAGUGCACUCCUUUAUACACUAUACAGAGAAUAGGGUACCAUUUGGAAUGCAGACAAGCAAGAGUUGGGGUCAAUUCGAAUUGAAGUCAGUCAAUGCAGGAAGUAAACUGAAAUUCCAAGUCAAUAAUUGAAAAAGGGGCCAUCUACUUUCAAUGAUUUCUCAAUCAACUGUAAAGGACACACAAAUUAUGUCAUAAGCAACACAGGAAAGGAAGCUAGAAAGGAGGAGAAGAGAGAGUUGUAUGUGGCUGGGAUUCACCACAACCAGUAGAUGAUGAUAGCAUUAGCUAGUUUUAGUGACAGGCCACUUUUACUGACAGGCUAGUUUUAGUGACAUGCCACUUUUACUGACAGGCUAGUUUUAGUGACAGGCCACUUUUACUGACAGGCCACUUUUAGUGACAGGCCACUUUUACUGACAGGCUAGUUUUAGUGUCAGGCCACUUUUACUGACAGGCUAGUUUUAGUGACAGGCCACUUUUACUGACAGGCUAGUUUUAGUGACAGACCACUUUUACUGACAGGCUAGUUUUAGUGACAGGCCACUUUUACUGACAGGCUAGUUUUAGUGACAGGCCACUUUUAGUGACAGGCUAGUUUUAGUGACAGGCCACUUUUACUGACAGGCUAGUUUUAGUGACAGGCUAGUUUUAGUGACAGGCUAGUUUUAGUGACAGGCCACUUUUACUGACAGGCUAGUUUUAGUGACAGGCCACUUUUACUGACAGGCUAGUUUUAGUGACAGGCUAGUUUUAGUGACAGGCCACUUUUACUGACAGGCUAGUUUUAGUGACAGGACACUUUUACUAACAGGCCACUUUUAGUGACAGGCCACUUUUACUGACAGGCCAGUUUUAGUGACAGGCUAGUUUUAGUGACAGGCCACUUUUACUAACAGGCCAGUUUUAGUGACAGGCCACUUUUACUGACAGGCCAGUUUUAGUGACAGGCCACUUUUACUGACAGGCUAGUUUUAGUGACAGGCCAGUUGCUGCAGGUCUCCAGCCUGAUCCUGUAGCCAGGAGCUACAGUUUAUAAGGUCGGAUCACCCUCUUGUGGCAUGCCAUCCCAGCUAACAAGGAACGUAACUGAGACAUUUGUAACAUUCCCCUUAAGUCUUCCAGAGGUACUGAAUGUCAUAGCCUGUUUGGGACAUUAUAGGCGCAUUCAUAACGUUUCUAAUAAGUAUUAUAUAGGUUUUAAAUAUCAGGUCGCUAUACAGACAUCAUGGGAACAUUAAAAACGUUCCUUGGUAGUCCAUGAAAGGUUCUGAAUAUCAUGUUAUUCUGGAGAUAUCCUAGGAACAUUUCAUAAUGUUGAAUUUAGAGCUAUGGUUUGUAGUCCCGUGUAGCUCAGUUGGUAGAGCAUGGCGCUUGCAACGCCAGGGUUGUGGGUUCGUUUCCCACGGAGGGCCAGUAUGAAACAAAUAUAUAUGUAUGCACUCACUAACUGUAAGUCGCUCUGGAUAAGAGCGUCUGCUAAAUGACUAAAAUGUAAAUGUCUUCAUAUGACGUUACAAUCAGAGUGAUAGAAAUGCAUUUUGGAACAACGUCUGUAAGUUUCACAAUAACGUUAUCAUGACUUAUGUGGGGACUAAAAUAACUUUGUGGUCACGUCCUGGAACGUAAUUGUGUUAGCUGGGAUAGUAAUUGAAUAGUAAUUAAUUACCCAGAGCAAUCCCCUGUAUUUAUCUCCAUUUUGGUUCCAACUCCCCGUUUCUCUACUUGCUACAGGUAUGCUGUGGUCCAAUACGGCACAUUUCGGACCAAACCAAACCCUGUGAUCGAAUCUUGUGAUCCUGUGUGGAACACUGACUUUAACAUGGGGCACGUGGACACAACCCUGAAGCUAACGGUGGAGGUCUGGGAUCAAGACAUGCUUAACGAUGACCUACUAGGGGGGCUGUACCAUCCUCCUCCAGCAGGGGACACACAGAGAGAAGUGUGGGGCCACCUGGGGAGGCAUCCAAUUCACCUACAGUCUCACCUGUGACCCACACAUGACCGGGGACCAGUGUGAAACCUACAAGCCUUCCACCUCUGGAGAGUGACUCCUGGAUAGGGCAUUGAGCUUAUUGGCUACUUGGUUUGAUGUAGACUCCUGUAGUAUGGAAUAGUCUCAGUACUGUCUAUACUCUUCGGCUACAGUAAGAGUCUGCAUCUCUUCUCUACCUUUACUAGCCACAGAUCAGCGCUA